AUGCAUUUGAGCAGGACCAGGACCCGGAAGCCCGGAAACCCGGAAGCCCGGAAGCCCGGAAGCCCGGAAGCCCGGAAGCCCGGAAACCCGGAAGCCCGGAAGCCCGGAAGCCCGGAAGCCCGGAAGCCAGGAAGCCCGGAAGCCCGGAAGCCCGGAAGCCCGGAAGCCCGGAAACCCGGAAGCCCGGAAGCCCGGAAGCCCGGAAACCCGGAAGCCCGGAAGCCCGGAAGCCCGGAAGCCCAGAAGCCCGGAAGCCCGGAAGCCCGGAAGCCCGGAAGGCCGGAAGCCCGAAAUCCCGGAAGCCCGGAAACCCGGAAGCCCGGAAGCCCGGAAGCCCGAAAGCCCGGAAGCCCGGAAGCCCGGAAGCCCGGAAGCCCGGAAGCCCUCCCCCCUCUCGAGAGCCCCGAGAAAGGAGAACUGAUUCUUCCCUUGACUUCUUUCAUUUUUUAUAUUAUUGAUCCUGAGGUCAAUGGGUUAUCUAGGGUCACAAGCUUCUGUAGCUUCACGUAG